AUGUUUCCUGCUUACGUACAUUUAUCAGCUUACGAUCGUCACAAAAAAAUAAUCAAUGAUUAUUUUUUUUACAAAGGAGGUUCUGCGCUAAAUCUUAAACGAGACACGUCCCGGCGCAAAACUGAUUAUGAUGUGGCAUUAAGAUGGAGAACAGAGCAAGAAGUAGUUGUAGGAAAAGGUCAAUUUGAAUGCGGGAGUAAAAAAUGUAAAAUAAAGGAAGGACUAAAGUCAUGGGAAGUUAAUUUUGGCUAUGAAGAGCAAGGAGAGAAAAAAAAUGCUUUAGUUAAAUUAAGACUAUGUUCUGAAUGUUCAGAUAAAUUAAAUUAUCACUCUCAAAAGAAACAAGUUCAUAGGAAGAAAAAAGGAUUGAAACGUUUGGGUACGACGUCGGAUAAAUUAGAGACUCAAUCUACAGCUUCAAGUUCAACAAACAAUCAAGAUCAAGAUACAAUCAUAAAAGUAGAACCAGAUGAAGAGAGUAAAGAAGAUUCAGGAAAAAAAGAGGAGGAAAUUUGGAAGAAUAAUCCUUCGGAAAGUAUUGAAAAGUCACGCGAAGAAGAAUUUGAAGAGUAUCUCGCAGAUCUUUUGUUGUAA